UUACACAAUUGUUCUCGUUUCAAAAGUGGGGAACUCUCUCUGUUGCAGUAAUAAAGCGAGUCUUCAAAGCAUCAUUCAAGCUCGGAUCAAUUCAACUUUAGAUUUAACUGAUCGAUUCAAUUCCCCAAUUUGGAACCCUAAAAAGGGUUGUGGAGUUGCUUUCUUCAGCUCAUCAAUAUGCAAAAUUCUUCAGAAAAUAGUCAAGCUAAACAAGAUGAAAGGUCAACAGUUGAAGGGUCAAAACAUGAGUCUUUUAAGUCUGAUGCUCAGGAAAGCAAUGCUGUGGACUGCUUGGUUCAUGGUCUUGAUUGUUUGAAUUUCCAGAGUGAGGAAUUGGAAAAAUCUCAUGAAAGAUUCGGUGAGAGAGGUUCCGGAAAGGAUAAAGGUUCUUGCACCUUUCAAUCUCAAGCACAAGAAUAUGAUGCUAGUAAUUCCACGCAUGAAUGUGAAUUUAGUGGUGAGAUGGAAAGAGCUCUCCAACAUCAAGCACAACUUAUAAGAUCUUAUGAAGCUCAGGAAAAAGAUCAAAGAGAUUGGGAAGAGAAAUAUGGAGAAAAUAAUGAUUCAUGUGAACCGGGUAGCCAUUCAGACGUGACAGAGGAGAGAGAUGAGAACAAAGCAGCAGCUGCUCAGCUCAUUGACCAUAAUAAAGCUGGGAUGCAGACCAAAUCAUCAAUGACUGAUUUGAAUAGUUUCAAGCUAUCCCCUGAGGCUGGUAGAGGUAGUUCAGAGAAACAAAACGUCAGUGAGAUGCAGCCUCGUGGAUCACCUGCUCCUGAUUUUGCAUUCUCUGUGGCGAAUAGUAAUCAAUAUUUGGAGCUUGCAGGAAGAAACUUGCUACAUGAAGGUCUGGGCCCAUCAGCAUUCAGUGAUAGUGCUUCCAAUGAUGAAGAACUAUCUUCCAGUGUGGGAACAGUACUUGAUGCCCUUCAAGAAGCUAAGCUACUGAUCAAACAACAAAUGAAUAGUUUGCCAGAAACCAGGAUAUCUGUUGGGAGAGAUAUUGAAACUUGUGUUCCAUCAAAUAGAGAUGUCGAUUGGUUGAAAUUUCCUGUCGGAUGUCCUGGUCUUUUCAGAGUGCCAACUGAUCACGAGGGUCAAUCUCUCAGUCGCCAAUUUGUUUCAAAGCCUAGUGGUGAUUCCUUCUUCACCAGUCCGGACAACUCUAUUAGGCAGCCAAGAUUUGACUUUCAUUUUGGCACCAACAUAUCAGCUUCUAGAAAUUCAGACGAAUUAACAAAUUCAAAUUCAAGCUUCCCAGACUUGUUCCCGCGUAUGUUAUCAAAUCAGAUGAUGGGCAGCCAGUUCCUGGGGAAUCAAGCUGGAAUACUCCCAUAUGGAAACUCAUCGUUCCAAAAUCAUGAUGUUAGACCGAAUACGUACAGAUAGUGGAGUCAUACGAGCUGCUCAAAUUUGUAUUUAUCGUUGUUGCACAUUUCUCAUCUCGCUAAAUAUCGCGUCCAAGUGUUGCCUGUGUGCCGGCAUUACUUUGUUGAAUAUGUCUUUCCUCCGCGUUUGAAGCUGCCUGAAGAAAUCCAACAACGAUACUAGCCGAGGAUCAACGUCGUAUGGUAUCAUCGAUGUUGUCGUUGUUAGUUGUUCAUUAUUCAAUGGUGUGGGUGUAUUACUUGGUGUUGUCGAGUUGUUGACAAUAUUAUCAUCAUUAUUGCAGUGGUCGUCGCUUCCCCGCAUAAUAGUGGCUUGCUUGUCUUCUUCUUCUUCUUGGUGGAGAUCUUCUUCAGGAAUGUAAUCUUGCAUAUCUAGCUUUGAUGAGCUUCCAGAACAAUUUCCCAUGGUUUUUUUCUUUGAUUUUAUUUGCUUACAGGGUUGUAAUAUAAAUACUUCUGUAUAGUUAAUGCUCUUCACGUCCAUAUUUAAAUACGAAGUAUAAUGUU